AUGGCACGUGCCAAAGUAGCACCACUCAAACAAACAACAAUUCCCCGACUAGAACUCCAAGCAGCUGUUCUUGGAUGCAGAAUAGCUUGUAGCAUCAUAAAAGACAUUGACUUAACUAUUUCUCGUCAGAUAUUUUGGUCAGAUUCUGUAACAGUUUUGCACUGGCUGAAAUCCGACCCUAGACAAUUCAAACAGUAUGUUUCCAAUAGAAUUGGAGAAAUUCAAGAUUUGUCUAAACCUGAAGAAUGGAGAUGGGUUCCAUCAAAACAGAAUCCGGCAGAUGUUGCAACUAGAAGUAACAAAAAGUUUACAUCAGCCAUGCAUUCUGAAUGGAUUCAUGGACCCUCAUUUUUAAUGCGAGAAUCGAGUGACUGGCCAAUACAACCGUCCACACUACAAGUCAAGGAUAACGAAGAAACAAAGAAUAAAUUCGUCGGAGUUGUAAACAGUAAUGAAAACCCUCCUCUUUUGACAGUUGAAAACUUUUCUUCUUGGGAAGAAGUGACACGUGUAUUAGCAUGGGUACACAGAUUUAUUAGCAUGCUAAGGUCCCAUACUACCGCCACCACCAAAAAGAAACUGAAAACGGUCAACGUAGAUUUUGGAAAUAUACCAGAACUUCAACCAGAGGAAAUUCAAAAAGCUGAACAGAACUUGAUAUCAAUGUCUCAAAAGGCAAGCUCCAAUGAAGAAAAAAAUUUACUGCUGAAGAACAAACCGCUACCAAAGUCCAGUAGAAUAUUCUCUUUAAAUCCCUUCAUUGAUCAGUCUCUAAUAAGAAUGUCGAGUAGAAUACAUAGUUCACCAGAAAUAAGCGAAGAACAAAAGCAUCCUAUCAUUUUAGACGGCAAAAGUCAUACGGCUAAACUAAUCUUAAAAAUGUUUCACGAGAAAUGUUUCCAUCAGGGCAUCGAGACUGUUAUCAAUAUGACUAGACAACAGUUCUGGAUGUUAAACGUACGAUCAGUCGCCAAGAAAGUUCAAAGGAGCUGCAUGAGGUGUAGCAUAGACAAUGCCAAACCUUAUCCUCCUCAGAUGGCUGCACUACCACAGUUAAGGACCUCAAAAGUGCAACAUCCAUUCUUCUACACUGGAGUGGAUUAUUUCGGACCUAUCGAAGUUACUGUUGGCCGCAGACAUGAGAAAAGAUAUGGUGUCCUAUUUACCUGUUUAUCGACUCGAGCAAUUCAGGCGAUUCAACGAUUCAUCAGCCGAAGACCAGUUCCCUCAGAAUUAUAUUCCGACAAUGGCACAAACUUUGUAGCUGCAGAUAGGGAACUUAGAAACGCUGUAAAGUCACUCAAACAUGAAAAGAUCCAAAAAGACGUGGUGAACUACGGGAUAAAGUGGAAUUUCAUUUGCCCGAGAGCACCACAUAUGGGAGGCUGCUGGGAAAGACUUGUUAGGUCUGUAAAGACUGCAUUAAGGAGUGUUAUGCGCUGGCAGUACCCAAAAGACGAAGAGCUUCAGACAUUCAUGGUUCGCGUUGAAUUUAUAAUAAAUUCUCGCCCACUCACACAUGUUUCUCUGGAUCCCAAUGACCCCGAACCAAUCACACCAAACCAUUUUCUAAGAGAAGCUUACAAAAUCAACCUAAACGAAGACCAACUGUGUAAACGACAAUUAGCUCGUGUUAAAUCACUCCUAGACGGCUUCUGGAAGAGAUGGGUGCACGAGAACCUUCCAUGCCUUUCAAGACGGUGCAAAUGGCACAAGAAAUUGGAUCCACCAAAGAUUGACGAUCUUGCAAUAAUAAUUGAGGAAAACUGCCCAAGAAAUACAUGGCCCCUUGGCCGAAUCUCGGCUGUCUACCCAGGUCACGAUGGCCAAGUACGAAUAGUAGACAUCACAACAUCAAAAGGAACCUAUCGCCGGCCUCUGACUAAAGUUGCAGUCCUUUCUGUUGGAGGGGAAAAGAUGUAA